UGACACACACGGCAGGAAAAGGGUGUGUGUUUGUGUGUGUAAGAAAGAGUGGGAGACCAGAUCCAAGAGGCAAAGGGAGACAGAAACAGCAAGACAAAGAGCAAGAGACAGAGCCAACAGUUUGAGUGAUUUUGACGGGCGUUUGAGGGCCUACAGUGAAGACAUUACAAGGACCGAGUCGCUGAGUAAUGGAACUUGAGUGAAAGGACAACAAACUAGUCCACCUGUUCGACACUGGGGGCUAUUGUUGGAAGAUUGAUCCCUGGAUAUAACUUUUAGAGGACCUUACUCCACUUUGAACUUUUGACACACUGGACAACUUGGUGAUUGAAGAGAGCCAGCAAGGAAAAAACAAUAUUUCUGAGGACAUUCACUACCAGCUUUGAGUAAGAUCAGGAUCAAAUUUUUAAUUACACCAUAACAAUAUAAACGCACUGACACCAGCAUUUAUAAUUAUACUCUGUAUGCAUACUUUAUAGACUUAUGCAGCCAAGAAGACACAUUACAAAACAUCUUAGAUAUCUUAUUUCAAGGUCUAAAUAAAUACCCUUUACUAUUACUGCACACACGUCUACAUAACUGUGUAUACAUGUGUCUUGAUCUCAAGCACACUACUGUAAUUACAAAGCAAGCCGAGGGAAGAAUUGCAGACAUUGGUAAUUAAGGACCAUCUAUAAAAAGGCAACCAAGGAAAGGGUGAGGUCUGUGACGAAAGAACAGAAAAGUGUGGGCCACAAGGACACCAAGACAGGGAACGGGACGUCGAAAAUCUCACCAAGAAAAACAGCUGCUUCUGGGGGAAACAACACGCACCAUGGAUUCUCAUGGAGGACACUACCUCAACAAAGAAGCUGUGCUGUCCCUUUUAGGUGCAGCCCGAAUGAGCCAGCUGCUGCUCGGUUGCACCAUAAUGGCCCUUGUGUCCCACAGCGCAGGCUACAGCGCCACCUAUGGAACCUUCUGCAUGUUUGUGUGGUGCUUCUGCUUUGCCGUCACAAUGGUUGUGUUCACCUUGGACAUCACGCGGCUCCACGCAUGCAUGCCCAUUUCCUGGGACAACUUCACUGUGGCCUUUGCCAUGCUGGCAACACUCAUGUACAUCACUGCCUCCGUGGUCUACCCUGUUUACUUCCUACAAGCAGAGUGCCCUGAUGAGGGCUGCGAAAUCCAAAUCUACCGCAUUGCUGUCACUGUCUGCUCCAGUGUCUGCUGCUUCCCCUACGGUGCUGAGGUGUUUCUGACUCGAGCCAAGCCGGGGGCUGUGGUGGGUUACAUGGCCACUGUGUCCGGUCUACUCAAAGUGGUCCAGGGUUUUGUGGCCUGCAUUAUUUUCGGGGCCCUGGCCAAUGACAGCGAGUACAACCUCUACAUUGCCACCGAGUACUGUGUGGUUGUGUACAGCCUGUGCUUCUCAAUCACUGUCAUAGUGAUCAUACUGACAGUUUCAGGUAGGACCUCUGCCCUGCGGUUCCCCUUUGACCGGUUUGUGAUUGUCUACACCUUCUUCGCUGUGAUCCUCUACCUCAGUACUGCACUGAUCUGGCCCAUCUUCAGCUUUGACAGAAAGUAUGGCAACACUACUCGUCCCGAGGACUGCCCACGCGGAGCCUGUCCCUGGGACAGUAAGCUAGUUGUGGCAGUGUUCACCAACGUCAACAUGAUCCUUUAUUUUGUAGACCUUAUUUACUCCCAGAGGAUUCGUUUUGUCUCAAGCUCUGCUGCCUGAAACACCCCCUGCACCUAAAGACUGUUUAGUCUCAAAGACAAAUAAAGAAAGUUUGAGACCACAGCCACCAUGCUCUCCUCAGCCAGGUCUCUGUGAAGGACUCAAUCACGUGGAUCCAUGGUGUCGUAUCUGAGUGCCAUUUUUUAUUAUCAGUAUUCAUCUAACCUGUAGGCAGCAAAACUGACAGUAUUACCCCGUUCUACAAAUUAAAAGGCCUUUCCCAAGCUCUAAAGUGACCUACCAGGGAGAUAAUUCCACGUGCACCGAUGAGCUGAUCCACAAAGGACCCUGGGAAGUACGUCCAUCUCAGCACCAAAUACUGCUCCAGAUUCUUUUGGUGGUUGAAUACAGGACAGUGGUAUAAUGUUUAGAAUAUCAGAACAGUGUUAUGUGAGUCAGAGUACAGAGGCUGAAUAAUUUAUUUAUGUAUUAAUAUAUGUAUUCAAAUGUAUGUAAACUCCAGAAUGGAUGAUGGUAUCUCAUAGAGAUUAAUAGCAUAUGUUAAGUCUACAGUAUGCACUGAACAUAGCUUUUGGUUUCGGCUUUUUGGCCAUUUUACAGUAUUUUCUUCCCACAUGUUGUUAUAUACAGCAUGUGAUGCAAAAGAUGAGGUUCAUUAGGCUUUUCCUGUCAUCGACUGAAUGUUAAAUGUAUCUGAUACAUGAAUCUUUGAAAACAAAACUUUGGCAACAGUAUUACAUUUUAUUUUAUUUGUCAUAAACACAAUCUAUAUGUAAUAUCUCUUAUUUUGCUAUAUUUCUGAUAGACUAUG